AUGGGGUUUGGUUCAGCUGUCACUAUUGCACCUGUUCGACGUUAUCUUCUGCGGAUAAGCUACGAUGGCUCACGAUUCCCGGAAAUGGCGACUGGUGGCACAGGUUUUGGAGUGGUUGAUAUGUUGUAUCAGACCAUAUGUGAUUCGCUAUUUGGAACAAAACGUAUCGCUAAUCCUCUUCGUGAAUCCCUGAAGUUGUCCCCUAGUAGCAGAACAGAUGCCGGCGUGCAUGCACUGAGAAAUGCUCUCAUCUGUCAAGUUCCGUUGGAAUAUGUAUCUUUGGACUCGACGCCUGAGAAUAAGGAAUCGCAGCUCAGAAAAUGGAACUCCUGCAUUGAAGGAUUUGCUCCGGGUGCCAUGAAAGUGUUGGAUCUGCAUAGCGUUUCACCAGGGUUUUGCAUCAGGAGGCACGUUGCGUACAGGAAGUACACGUACCGAUUAGCAGUAGUUCGAGACUGGGAACGGUGGGACUCAGUGCAGGAACACCCCACAACCGCAUGCUUCUCCGAGAAGGACUAUGCGUGGAGGCUUCCUCCAGGAUUUUCGCCGGAAAAGGCAUUGGAUGCGUGCAGCCUGUUCAUAGGGGAGCAAGUGAUGGGAUCAUUCUUUAAGCACACAGCUCGAGAGAAACGAAAAGAGCUGCAUCAACCAAGCGCCGUCAAGAAAAUCCUACUCUGUCAACUUUCUAAAGGGGCGCCAUAUUCAGUCGAGAACAGCAUCUACGAUUAUUACAAUGUUACGAUUGUGGCGAGGUCUUUUGUACGAGAGCAGAUUCGCCGCAUGAUGUCGUGUAUUGUGUUUCGAGGUUAUGACCGCCUUCCAAUGGAAACGAUCCGAUGGUUGCUCAAGAAUCCCAUCAGCACGAAUUUCUACGAUAUUCGAAUACCAAUCGCUCCGCCCCAAGGCCUGUUCCUUGUAGACGUCGUGUAUCCUCCUGAAAUGUUCACAAAUCCUUUUCCAUACUAUCGUCAUUAUUGGGACUAUCCCGCUGAAAAUUGUCUUAUCGAGGACUCCUGA